AAAGAAAAACCUCUCUUUUAUUGAAAGAAAGAAAAGGGGCUGAAGAUGAGUUACCUCUUACCGACAUUGACGAGGAAGAAAGAAGUAGACACGAUCAUCCGAGACACCAUCGACAAGGUCCUCGUCCUCCGAUUCGGCCGUGCCGACGACGCCGUCUGUCUUCAGUUAGACGACAUCCUUGCCAAGACAGCGCGCGAGGUUUCCAAAUUCGCCACGGUAGCUUUAGUUGACGUUGAUUCCGAUGAUGUUCAGGUUUACGUCAAGUAUUUCGAUAUCACCUUGAUUCCUUCGACUAUUUUCUUCUUCAAUGCUCAUCAUAUGAAGAUGGAUUCUGGGACCGCGGAUCACACAAAAUGGGUGGGAGCAUUUCAUGAAAAGCAAGACUUCAUAGAUGUUGUAGAGGCAAUAUUUAGGGGAGCCAUGAAAGGCAAGUUGAUUGUUAAUUGCCCUCUACCCCCAGAACGAAUACCAAAGUAUCAAUUGCUAUACAAGGAUGUAUGACUUUUGGGGGUCUUCACCUGGAUCAUUUGAAACUUUGGAGUGUAUUUUCGGCUCGGCUGAUGAAUGAUUUCAGUUCAAAUGAGGGAAUGAAACAUUGUGCUCCAUCCAGAGAGAAAGGUAUCAAAUAUCAAUUGAAAGAAAGUCUUAAGGUCAUAGGCAGUCAGGUUUUGAUCAAUGUACAAAAACCAUUAGGUGUCUGAACAUUUUUCUAUAUGAAUGAUUGAAAAGGUAGUUGAAGUUAUAUUAAAAAUAUGUGAUUGACUUAUGAUGUAUGACGAAUUGAAGAUUUUGUAAAGCUCCAUCUUAUACUGAGAAUUUUGGUUUAUAUUCAGCAUAUUCAGUAUGUCAUUCAUAUCUGGAAA